UUGAGUAAAGAAACCUCUUGCUUCGGAAGUUCUUUGAAAAUCAAACGUUUCCGAAAAAGCAAAGCAACGUUAUUACAAUAUCAGUGAUUUAAAAUUGUGGUUAAUUUAAAUUUUUAAAGUUCAGUUGUUAUCUAUAAUGAGCCUUUUUGAACAGAUUAAACUUUUAAACAGUCAGGAGUUGCAUAGCAAUGUCAAUGUUUUGGCAAGUCUGGUACUGACCAUGAGUGACCAGUCACCUGAAAUGUUGCUACCUACAAUGAAGUAUCAAAUAUUAGUUUACUAUGGAGAGUCCCUGUAUCACACAAAAAAUUACAGAAAAGCAGAAUCAGUGUUAAGAAAAUCUCUUCAGUUAAAAAAGUCUAUGUCGAAAGCCAAAGGAAAAUCACAGGGUCUUUCACCAGUGGAAAUGACUCCCGAGAUUGAUGUGAAAUAUCAAAUAUAUCUUUGCCAUUUUCAGUUGAAUCAGUUCAAUGAAGCCAUCAGCAUAUUGGAAAGCAUUCCUGGUCGACAACGCACGGCACGUAUUAACAUGGCUCUAGCAAAGCUGUACUACCAGAAUGGCAUGGAGAGAUCUGCAAUUACUAGCUACAAAGAAGUCUUGAAGGAAUGUCCUCUUGCAAUGCAAGCUGCCCUGGGGCUUUUAGCCCUUGGAGUGAAAGGUGCCGAAGUAGCGUCACUCAUGCAGAAUGGAACAACAACCAUUCCAAAUAUAGAAUGGCUGCCUUCAUGGAUUAAAGCUUUUGCUCACUUACAUGCCAGAGAACACCAGAACUCUGUUGCCACCUUCAAACAGCUAGAAAACAAGUCACUUUUGCGAGACUGUGUGGAUAUCCUGGUGGCCCUUGGGAAUGCCUACUAUUGUAGUGGUGACUUCACAAAUGCCUUAAUGGCUUUAGAGAAGGCACACACUCUCGACCCUCUAGGGCUAAGAGGUAUGGAUUUAUUUGCUGCAGUUCUGGCAAGAGAAAAGAAACUUAAGGAACUGGAAAACUUAUCUUCUCAACUUAUGAGUGUCAGUGAUGUUGCUCCAGAACCGUGGAUUGCAAUGGCAUACUUUUGUCAUGCCACAAAAAAGGGAACGAGAGGAGUUUACUUUGCUCAGAAAGCCUGCUUGAUCAGUCCUCGGAACAUCGAAGCUUUGCUGUUGAAAGGGUUUAUCCUGAUGGAGCUGAAGAGAGUGCAAGAUGCCUUAGUUCACUUUAAAGAAGCUUAUAAGAUAGCUCCGUACAGAUUUGAAGCUCACAAAGGGCUGGUUGAUGGCUAUAUGGCCUUAGGGAGAAAUCGGGAAGCGAUAGUUUAUGCCAGUAAUUGUUGCAAGCAGUUGGGACAGACACCUCGAGCUCUUUGUCUUUACGCCUCAGUUUUGGCCAAAGAUACACUUUCUGUUGAAAAGGCCAAAACAUUACUGGAAAAAGCCCUGAAACAAGAUCCUAUUUAUCUGGAUGCAGUCUAUCAGAUUGUUGAAAUCUACGAGCAAGAGAGACAAUAUCAGAAGGGAAUAGAACUGUUAAAGAAGCAAGCAGAAUUACAGAGUACCUGUAGGUUGCACCAGUUGUUGGGUGACUUUCUUUCGAAGAUCAAUGAACACGAGAAGGCCCUCCACCACUUUAGUAUAGCUCUGAACAUGGACCCUACUAACCCAAGAGCAUUAGAAGGGGCUCAGCGUGUUGAACAACACCCAGAAUCCCUGGAAGGUUCAUAUGAUGUCGAGGUGGAAGACAUAGGUGAUUCAGAAACUGGUGUAAGUCCAACUACUUCUCAAUUAAAUGUUAGUUUCCAUUAACCAAACGUGCACAGGCUCAGUCCAUUGGACCAACCUUGUAUUGGAGUAGAAAUGUUGACUUAUAAGUCCAAAUUCACUGUGUGUGUAGAUGAUGAUGAUUGGCAAUAACUCACUGACGAAUAAGACCACCUUCUUUAAUUGGUUUGUAGAUGACCGGGAAAGGCCGAUCCAAGAUCCACAUGUUUCAUUUCCAGAAAAAGUGGAAAGCUUCUACUAAAAUAUACAAGUUUGUUUUGUACACAAAAAAUUGGAUUGUGAAACAAACAUACUUGUACUCAAGAUGAGUCCAUGAAUUGACAAUACGAGUCCGGCUCAGAC